AUAUUGUACCGCCAUUCCCAAAGUGGCUUUAGGUCUGUGAACACAUCAUUCCUUAAGUGCGUUACAAUUCAAAUCUAAAUUGUAUGAUCAGAAAUGCUCAGGAAUGCAAAGUAAUUUAAGUUCAGUUUAUAGAACUGUGGUACUUGAGGUCUCCUCCAUGUUUAACGGAAGUAGAAUGGAUGAUAAUGAAACUCCUCCAGCACCACCACUCAGGAUAACAAGUACUCUAGGAAAAGAUGGAAAGUUAGAAGGCAACAACAUGAAUCCCGGAUCCAAGCCCCUCCCAAGUACCCCGGCAGAAGAGAAAAAGGAAAGCAAGAAAAAGCUCAAGUUUUGGCACCAAAGGAGUGAUGAUAAGAAUGUCAAAGCCAGACCGCAGAUCUCGUUACCUACGAGCUUUGAACACACCGUUCAUGUGGGAUUUGACAUCGUCACAGGCGAAUUCACCGGGAUGCCAGAGCAUUGGGCCAAACUUCUAACAAUGGCAAACAUCACCAAGAAUGAACAGCAAAAAAAUCCACAAGCGGUCUUGGAUGUCCUCAAUUUCUAUGAUUCCUCCAAGGCAGCUGGGGUCAACGAAAAGUUUAUGAUGUCAAAUGUCAAAGUUGUUGCCAUUAAGCAGAUGAACCUUCAACAACAGCCUAAGAAAGAGUUGAUUAUUAAUGAAAUUCUUGUGAUGCGAGAGAACAAGAAUCCUAACAUAGUCAACUAUGUUGACAGUUAUCUUGUUGCUGAGGAAUUGUGGGUGGUAAUGGAGUUUCUUGCUGGUGGCUCCCUCACAGACGUUGUCACUGAAACAUGUAUGGACGAAGGACAGAUUGCUAGUGUUUGCAGAGAGUGUUUACAGGCUCUGCAGUUUUUACAUGACAAUGGAGUCAUUCAUAGGGACAUCAAGAGCGACAAUAUACUGCUAGGAAUGGACGGCAAUGUUAAACUAACUGAUUUUGGUUUCUGCGCUCAGAUAACUCCUGAGAACAGCAAGAGGACCACAAUGGUGGGCACGCCAUACUGGAUGGCCCCAGAGGUGGUUACUAGGAAACAGUACGGACCGAAAGUUGACAUAUGGAGUUUAGGCAUCAUGGCCAUUGAGAUGAUUGAGGGUGAACCACCAUAUCUAAAUGAAAAUCCUCUCAGAGCAUUGUAUUUGAUAGCAACAAAUGGUACACCAGAAAUUCAGCACCCUGAGAAACUGACAGCAGAAUUUCGUGAUUUCUUGUCCAAAUGUUUGGAUAUGGAUGUAGACAAGCGAGCAUCAAGUGGUGAACUCUUACAGCAUAAAUUUCUCAAGAAAUCUAAGCCUCUACUAAGUUUGGUGCCCCUUAUUCUGGCUGCAAAAGAAACCCUCAAGCAACACUGAUGCUCUAAGAAUGCUUUUCAUUGAGAUAUCUGGUCAGUAGCAUACCAGCAAAUCAAGAUGGCUGCCAGCAAGGCGGAUGGAUAACAUAUUGGAGGAUUUAAUUUGAGUUGCCAGGUUUAUUACAAAUUAAAUACGGCAAACUGUGUGUAAAUACCAUGGGGCAUUAUAUGCUCAAUAAUUUGAUUUGAUUCUGAACAAAUCAAAGUUUGGUGUCUUGUUAACUAUUAAAAACUUCCUCUAUCAAAUUCUUGUAUUUAAAUUCCAAUUUUAAUUUGGUAGUAUAACAGAUAGGUGUCCUUCCACCAGAUAGAUGACCAAAUUACAACUGUGGCACAAAAUUGAAGUCAGUGAUGGACUUGAAAAUGCAUUGAUCUCUUAGAAAAACAAACCAAAAUAUCUUGCUGUUUGAUUUUUUUAAAAAAUAAUUAUAUCAUGGUCAUCCCUGUCUUAUCUAAAGUAUUGUUUUGGUUUGAAACUUAAAUAGGUCAGAUUGCAAGUGUAAAUUAUAAAAAAUGUUUGUAUUUCUUACCUGACGCCAAUUUUAUACUAAAUUUACAGAUUUUGAUAAUUUUUCUUGUGUCAAGUUAACAAUAACUGGGAGGUAUUGAUUAUCAAUCUUAUUUUCAGAUAUGCUCCUUAUUCAAAUUACACAAUGAACUAAUUUUGAAAUAAAUGUGUAAUAUAAUAUCUUGAUUUUGAAUUGGACUAACUUUGUUUAAUACUUUGUUUCAUGUUUAUGUUUUGCUGGUUAGAUUUUUGGAAUACUUAUUUUGAAUAAGUUUUUAUGAGAACUCUGCCCUCAAUCGUGAAUAUAUAUUAAGCAGUUGAUCCAAAAUUUUAAGACAACAUAAGCUAUUGCACUAAACAUUAAUGUCUUAUAGUAAAAAAAAAAUGUAUUAUUAUAUGCAUCUGGCCAUAGCCAAUGAUCUAAACUCUAGUACUGAUGAUCUGAUUGAUUGGUGUUUGUUUGAUUGGCAUUCUGGAAAGCUUGAUUUAGCAAUUUCACCAAAUAUGGCAAUUUGCAUUACAAGGAAAUCUACAAGCCACUUGAGCCAUGGGCUAAAUUAAAUGUCAUGUUUUCUUAGAUACUUUUUUAAUGCUCCAAUUGUUAUAAUAUGCAUUAAAUACAUCAUGUUGAAGAAAAUUAUUCAACAUAUUUCAAGGAAUUAUAGUUUCUAGUUGGCAUGGCCAGAUCAAGACAAGAAUCCCAAGUUACGUAGUUACGUCGUGGUCCAUUACAAUAAUUAUAGUGUAGAAGAUUCCUGGGUUCUGGGUUCAAGUCUUGGUGCUCGCCCAAACCUUUACAGUCCCACUCAACAAUCCCACCCCCUUUAAGCCUCAUAGAUUCAUCCUGUACUGGCUUCAAUUAUUACUGUUUUAUACAAAAGAAACUCUUUUUAAAAUUGGAAUAAUCUUGAAAAGGUGUAGGUGAUUGUGAAAUAAUUGUAUGAAAAUAAAUAAAAAAAUUAAUGGAAUAGUGUUUCUAGAAAUUUAGGAUCAACAUAAAUAUGACUGAAAGUAAUAAUGAUUCAGGUUUUAUACUGCUGGACCAUAAGCAUUGCGUUGAAAAAGAAAUGUUAUGCUCAACAAAUAAUGCAAUUAUUAUUUAAUCAAUUAAUUAAUUAAUUAAGAAAGUGUAUUGAUUAACAUUUUUCAUAAGUCUGAAUAUGAAUCAAUUAUUUCAUAUAAAAACAAAAAUGCUCCAAUGUAAAUCCACCUAUAAAGAGUCUUCCAGAAAUUUUCACAUGACUUAAAUAUUUCCAGACAAGUGUAAAUGGUUAACUACACUGAUUUAGCCUGGGGAUUUUCCUGUUUCCCUGAUGCCUUCUAUUUCUUAGAGGUUUUAAUAUUUGUUUCAUCAUUAAUUUGAUAUCAAAGACUGUCUCUAAAAAUACACUAAAAAUCCCAGUUUAUUGUCUGUCGCUUGUGAUUAAAUGCAAUAGCGCCACAGUACCUAUGCAUUCAUAGAACAAGUAACUUAAGUAACUGUUGAAGUAGUUAAAUAUUUAAGUACCUUUAUUCAAUGGAACUUGUCCUCAUUAUUAAAUUGUUGAUGAUUCUAAACUUAAUAUAUUUCAUUGUACAGGACGCCCUCAAUAAUAAUUCUCCACUUACUAUUUAUGUAGAGGUGUAUUUUUUACUAGUGAAUGUAUAGAGAUAAAUAUACUAUUAGAUGUACUAUACCCUUUCAGCAAAUACGUUUUGAUCUCUCAACCUUGAGGUUGAGGUUCGAACCUGUGUAUUUCGCUUUUGUGCUUGGGCCAGACGCUUUGCCUACAUGUGUCUCUCUCCACCCAGGAAUAUAAUUGAGUACUUGGUAGAUAUCGUGGCAUUGAAUGUAUCAGUGUGUGUGUUUGUAUUCAAUUACAGCACAACUAGAAUGCCCCCAGGGAUGGGAGAAGUUUGCACUUCAUGCUGUUUUGUAAAUAGUAACCCAUUCACCGGGGGGGCGCAGCGAUCGGGGGUAAUGAUAACAAAAUCACCAGCGCAUUGUAUCAUAGCUGAAAUGCGUGAUAUCAAUUCCGAUAUUAUUGUUGUUGUCUUUAUUGUUCCUAAGCAGUUUCCAGAUAUCAUAGAAUGAAAGUUAUCCCAGCCUUCUCAUGUACUAUUUGUUUGUAGCUCCAACUAAUUUUCAACAUUGUCUCCAUUAAUUAUUUUGAUUUCAGUAGUUUCAGUACAUGAAAUAAGUUUAUGGAUAAAGAUGUAUUUAAUAACAUUGUUAAACUUAGAGUUUGUAAGAAUCUUACAUGUCAAUAGUAUUAUAGUAAAUGUUAAUUUCAUAUUUGUGUAAUUUAAGAUACAAUCUCAUUAGAAUUGAAUGUUUAUUUUCCGGUGUUAACUAGACACAUUCAUAAUAAUUAUAUAAAUAUAUAUAGUUAGCAAAUUGGUAAAAACAAAACAAUAUUCAUAAUUUGUUAACCAGACCUGUUUGGUUUUGAUAUCAAGAAAUAUUUUGUUUUUAACCUGUUUUUAGGAAUAUUUUAAAUAUUUUAUUAAGUAUUUUGUUUCAUUCAUGAUCUUUAUGAUCAUGUGAUGUAAUAUUUAUGAUCGAGGGAAUCAUUAUCGCAUGUUAUACUAUAACAUGUGAUGCAACAUUGUGUGAUACAUGAGGUGUUUAACAUUCAUUAUCAUGUGAUGUGAUCAUAUGAUGUAAUGUUUAUGAUCAUGUGAUGUGGGAUCUCUAUCAUGUAUGAUCAUAUAAUGUGACACCAUGUGAUGUAAACACUGUGAUCAUGUGAUUGUGGUGAGAUAUGAUAAUCAUGGUAUGAUCAUAUGAUUUAUAUAUAUGUAUAUAUACUGUAUAUAUAUAUAUAUAUAUAUAUAUACUGUAUAUAUAUAUAAUGUAUAAUCCACAUAAUGGUUAUGAUCAUAUGUAAUAUAUACAACCAUGCAAUGUAACAUUCAUGAUCAUGUACGAUCAUCAUGAUCAUGGUAUGAUCAUAUGCUUAAUAUAUAUACAACCAUGUGAUGUAACAUUUAUGAUUGUAUAAUGUGCGAUCAAUAAUCAUUUGAUAUUCUGUUGAUGGUCAAAAGAUAAAUAAGGAUUUUUCAAAUAAUGUAGUCAUAUGUGAAAACCAUAUGAAAAUUAUAUGUAUAAUUGUGAGUAGAAACAUAAUUGUACAAGGGAAGUCUCAUAAAAUAAAACAUAAGAUUUAAAAAA